UGAAGAAAAGCUGGUUUUCUCUACAUAUGGUUCUUUGAAAGAAUUGAAAUUGGAUACAAUGGUAUCAAGAGUAAUUGCAAACCAAACUGACUAUGUAUAUUCAUUAGCUUACGAUUAUAGAGACAGCUACUUGUAUGUUCCAAGACAUUCUCACUCGGACAUAGUUAGGUUUCAAUAUCCGAAUAAUCAAACUGUUAUGUUUGAAAGAGUUGUCCAAACAAAUGCACCAAUAGCCAUAACUUUUGAUUCCACAAAUAGGCAUCUCUACUGGACGGAAGAUGGUCCUUAUGAAACGAUUUUUAGAUGUGAUGCAGAUGGAUCUAACAAAACAUUAAUUCGUAGUGCAAACAAUCCUUCGGCUCUGACACUAGACAUAGUUAAUAGAUGGAUCUACUUUGGUGAACAACGAUUUAACGGACAGAUAAACAGAUUAACAUUUGACGGAAAGGAGUUAACAGUAAUAAUAAAUAAUCGAACAACAAAUGUGUUCGGUAUAGCAGUAGAUGUACCUAGAUCUCGAAUUUAUUGGAUGGAAUGUGGUAGUGGUGAUUUGAAAUCUGCAUAUUAUAACGGGUCCGAUAUAAACACAGUUGUUAAAACCAACCAAAUAGGUAGGAACUGGGGCAUUGCUAUCAGUGAUGAUUUAAUCUUCUACGCAAGUGGUAAUCAAAUUCUUAAAAUCAACAAAUCUUCAGGACAAAAUGCAACAGUUGUACAUUCAGAUACAAAUCAGAUCUAUGGUGUUGUAUUCUUAAAACAGGAAGGAAAAUGUUACUGUCUAGUACUAUCUACUUUACAAAUAUACGAAAAUGACAAUUAUUUAAAAGAAUAA